CUAAGGGCAAUAAUCAUGGGACACAUAAUGUUCAUGGUCAUUGAUUUCUACAUGUUUUACUCAAAUGGUUUUGUGGCACAAAUGUCAGCCCAUGAUUUAGUACCCACCAACAAUCUGUUUAAUGGGUUUCUGAAAACCCAUUCAGUAGGCAAUUUACUACACGUCAAGCCUUACCAUUACGGCCCAUCCUAUCUGAAUGGCCUACUAUUAGGCUAUUUAAUGGAAACCACUUCAGAUGUGCGCAAAAUAUACGAUAAUAUUUACGUCAAAACAUGUGUCAAACCAUUGGCUCUGUUUUGGGUCCUCAUAACUGCGGCAACCUUUGUAAAGACGACUCUUUUUGGUAACUUCGCAUCGGUAUUCACGGCAUUUGAGUACUCGGUCAGCGCGUUCACACAAAGCCUAUUGAAUAGUGUGUUGCCAUCAAAACACGGCAAACGAGUGCAACAAAAAGUGAAAUAA